AUGAAAGCCAAAGCAUUGGCAAAAGCUGUGCUGAAGGAAGCAGAAGAAGCCCGAACCCUCAAUGUCAGCAUUGAAGGGCUUGAGUGCAGUGGUGAGCUUUGCAAAGCCCUGACUUUGCAUGCCAACAACCAAACAGAGAUGUACCGGAAGCUUUCCCAUCUUGUGGCACAGGGGGUGGAUGAUGAGGCCACCUACAAUGAGCUUUUUGAACAGGCUGGAGGCCUUACCACAUGGUUUAAGGCCCGUAAGAAGGUUGCAAAUUCAAUGCGCAUGGCAGCAACAUCUGCUUCUGCCAGCUCCAGUGGAACCCAGUAA